AUGAAAAAUCAUACAGAGGCGGCAGAGGAAAGUGUGUCGAGUUUGGUUGCUUAUCAUAGCCAAGUGAGGAAGAUAAAACGAGAGCUGGAGAAAUCGAAUCAUCCGGCAGUAAUCAAGCAGUCGAAGAUGAGAUCGGUGUUGCUAGAAUUUUCGAAAUCGCAGAAGCAUUGUCGCUCGCCUUUGGGGAUUUCCGACAUGCCACGAUCGAUGGCAAUGGCAGCGCGGGAAGAGGCAGUGGUCAGCUGGUGGCGGAGGGGAUAUCAGAGGGUUGUCAUUAUGCAAUCGGAGAUGCAGUAA